AUGAGAACCUCACGUCGCGAUGCGGCUCUGUCCCUUCUCAUCCAGCUGCCUGAAAAGUCUUCUCAGCUCGUAGCGAUGCUGCGGAUCGCACAAUCCGCGAGUGUCGUGCUUCUGGCUGCAAAACUUGUCGGCUCGAUCGCUAUGCCAUCGGUCUCCUUCGCUCAAACUUCCUAUGAUCCUGCAGCUCAAGGAUGUACACUCCAGGUUGACGUAGGCGGUGGAGUGAUCCACGUCAUGUCCUUCAAUCUGCAAUUUGAUGUCAACGGCAUUGGAUUCCACUUGACAGGUCUCACUGGCUACGGAGCAGCCGGUCGAUCCCAGAAUUCAGUUGUACCCGGCUCACUCGUACCUACAUUCUUCGAUGAUCUCGCUAUGGAGAGCACGACUUACAACAUGUAUACUUAUUCCGGCUCGGUUGCUACACAUUACGAGUUCGAGUUCGGUUUCCUCGAUCCCUACGCUAUUCACUACGUUGUGCUUCAUAGUUUACAUAUCGGUGGCGUGCAGAAGAAGAUCGCUAGCUACGGUCUCGGCUGCUUGCUCGGGGGCGUGCCAAUGGCAAUCUGGCAGCCGAAGGAUUUUGUCAGACACUAG